AUGGGUAUCCCCUUGCGGGUGCUUCUCGACAAGCACGACCGCUUCAUGCCCGCGACCAUUUCGGAUUAUUUCCGAUUUCUCGAAGAUCGACACCGCGGACGCAUCCCUGUCUACUACCAAGAAAGCGAAGUGAUCUGGCACGCCGUCUCGGAAGCGACCUGGGCCGAACUGGAGGCCUAUCUCGACGCGUUUGAGGAGCGUCGCAAGCAGAGGUGUGACGAGAUUCGACGCAACUGGAGCUACAACAUCUUCUCCGCCGAGGUGCGCGACGACUGGAAAACUCUCUGGCGAUCACAGCUCGACGAACAUCCUGUGGUGUUUCAGAUCGAGGAAUGGACCGGCUUCUGUAGGUGCCGCCAGUUUCGCGAAGCCCCGCCACCGGUCCCCUCGCGUCCAACACAAGCUGAUCGCAAUCUCAUGGUCCAAUCAUUCGGGUUCCUUGCCACAAUAGGUAUACAUCAGGGUCGGAAGCGCUACAUCGAAUGGUACAACAAGCAGUAUCGUGAUUCCAGACCCCCCCUGCACUUGUCGGCCAACCUCUCGGUUGAGCUUGUUCUCUAUGGAGGUCUGCGCUCCUGGGCGGAACGCCGCAGAGCAUGGUUUCGAGGAAUUGGCUCUUCAAUCGCGAACAAAUAUCACCCUGGUCACCUCUCCAAUGAUGAGAUCAAGCAUUUGCGAAGUGAGUUCUUGCCUCUGCACUCACCGUCAUCGCUCGUUGCUCGCCUUGGGCUUCGAUUCGCUGACUCCUGGGUGACCUCGGCUGGCGCGUCUACGAAAUACUUGUGUUGUCCGGUCGUGAACUUUGCAGGAAAAGGAGUGCACUUUGGUCUCGACCCCGUGGUCGGCUUCGAAAAGGUCGUCAACACGAGAGCCGAGGCCAGCACGGAGGUUCUAGGGCCGUCCGAGCUGCUGCCCGACUCGAAGCUGGCAGAUACGGCCAAGGCCGAAGACGACCUCCCCAAGACGGGCCAACAUGCAUGCGUACGCCCUCCCGCUUGUAGUCAUAUGUCGGACAUGUGUUGUAAAUAUGAGCGAGAUUUUUCCAGUUGUUCCUUGUCAGGCCCCAGCGCGCAGCAAGUGCUCGAUGACGAGGGUACCUGA